GAGGUUAAGCAUAUACAGAAAAACCUCCUUAAAUGUCCCUGUCCGGACCAAACUCUUGAAGAAAUUACAUUUAGGAAAGUUAAGCAUAUAUAUGUAUUUAGGCCAGAGUUUAAAAGUGCAUUUAUGGAGGCAAUACAUUUAGGGCUA